AUGUUUUCCGCUCUUAAGAAAUUGACGAGAAGUGGAGAUGACCGGUGUCCAGCCCCAAUGCCCAUGUCCUCUUCAUUGCAGAAAAAAUUCUCUAGAGGAGUUCAUUUUAAUAUGAAAAUAUUGAUCAAAGGAGAUAGGAAUGUGGGAAAAUCAUGUCUUCUACAACGUUUACAAGGCGGACCAUUUACUGAAAAAUAUACUCCAACAGAACAAAUACAAGUAGCACCCAUUCAUUGGACAUACAAAAAUACUGAUUAUAUUGUAAAGGUUGAAGUUUGGGAAGUAGUUGAUAAAGGCCGUGCAAAAAAGAAGCCACCUUUGGGUCUCAAGUUGGAGAACCAAACAGCUCCCGUUGAAACUGAAGAACAAUAUGAAACACCAGUACUGGAUGCAACAUUUCUAGAUGUUUAUAAGAAUGCUAGUGGAGUUAUAUUAAUGAUGGACAUUACAAAGCCAUGGACAUAUGAAUAUGUGGUGAAGGAGUUGUCUAACAUACCAAAAGACCUGCCAGUGGUGAUACUCGGCAAUCAUUGUGAUAUGCAGCAUCAUAGACAAGUGCAUCCCCAUCACAUUGAACAGGCCUUGGAACAUGCGAAAUUAAUAAGAGCGGCGCCAAUACGAUAUGCAGAAUCAUCAAUGAGAAACGGCUUUGGCUUAAGACUGCUGCACAAGUUUCUGAGUGUUCCAUUUUUGAAAUUACAAAAAACCAGCCUUCUGGAACAACUCCAAAGAAAUCAAAAAGAUAUGGAGGAAAUUGAGAAGGAACUUGAUGAUUUUCAAAACUCAGAUGAAUCCCGUUACGAUCAGUUUGUGGAGCGUCUCGCCAGUAAACGUCGGCAGAACGACGAUCCACCGCGGUUGAUCGAACGUGCUCCGAGUAUAGUGCUAGGAGCUGGGAAGCCCAUCAUACCACCAGGCGUUAACCCACUAUUAGCACAAUCUAUUAAUCCUACAAUCGUUAAGCCGCCAUCAAAUGAAAGUACAUCGACAACACAAUCUCAAUAUGUAAGUCCGGAAUUAAUGAGGCCUAAACCUCCUGUCAGCAUGGAAAUGACUCCUUCGAAAGUUCAAGAUAGCGUUCCAAGUACACCCAUCACAAAUGCGUCUAUGGGAUCAUCUGGCGCGUUAGAAGAGUUCUAUGCAGGCACUCUUGAUAGCAGUUUUCUAGAAGAUCUACAACCUAUGAAUAGUAACAGUCAAGAAAUUACCUACGACACUGAUAGUGAUGAUGACAAUAAAAUCAAUCCUAAAGUGAUUGUUGAUGAAGAUGACUUAGAACUUGAUUAUAGCCCACCAGUCCUACAAACUGUUCCUAGGAAAACAAGUGCUGAAGAGAUAAAGAGAGAUAUUAAUAGAGAAACAGAAGACUUUGAAAAGAUGUUUAUUAGUCAAGCGACCAUCAGUAAGGAAGUCAAAUAUAAUGAACAUGAUUUUUCUAUAUUGGAUGAUGGUUUAAAUAAUAUGAGUAGUGAUUACCCAUUGUGGGCUGGAGAUGCAACUGUUAGACGAUCUCCAGAAGGUGGUGAGGAUCCAGAUAAUUCUAAAGAGCCUGAUGUUAAGGCGGAGAAGAAACACAAAAAGAAAAAGUCUAAAGACAAAGACAAGGGUGACUACAGUGAUAAGUCUGAUAGAAAGGAAAAGAAACAUAAACAUAAAAAAUCCAAAGGAGAAAAACCGAACCCUCAAAGAGAUUUACUGGAGCCAUCCGUCACGACAGACUUUAAUUAUGAAGAAUAUGAUAGUAUUUAA